AUGUCAAUGAGAAAAUACGAAUCCGGUGCCUCAAAAAGGAAACGAAAAAUGCAAGAAGAAACUUUUAUAGAUAAACAAAAAGGGUCGUUUUUAAAAUAUUUAACUACAAACAAAAAUGUUGAUAAUGAACAACAACAAACUAAUGUUGAUAACGAACAAGAACAAGAUAAUGUUGAUAAUAAUAAUCAUGAACCAACUAAUAUUGAAAGUGAUAAUGAACCAAUUAAUAUUGACAAUGAUAAUGAAAAAACUAAUAUUGAAAUUGAUAACGAACAAACGAAUAUUGAAAAUGAUAACGAACAAACUAAUAUUGAAAUUGAUAACGAACACACUAAUAGUGAAAAUGAUAACGAACAAAGUAAUAUUGAAAUUGAUAACGAACAAACUAAUAAUGAAAAUGAUAACACACCUUUAAACAUAUAUGAUCCAAGUAGAUGGAAUAAUAUUAGUACUAAUUUAAGAGAUUUAAUCGUAAAAAAGUGUCCUAUUAAGAUUUAUGAUUUUAAAUUUCCAAAAGAUCAACAUUUAAGAAGCUUUAGUACAUCUCUUUACAUGCAAAAAAUACCAAAUGGAGAAAAAUACGAACGAACAUGUAAAAACUUGCAAUCAAGUGAUAUGUGUAUCGAUGAUGCUAUAGAUCAACUAAAUGGACUUUUGUGUUUCUUUAAAGAAUAUAGAGAAAACAUAUUUGAAGAAGCUUUAGAUUAUGCAAAAGAAUUGGCAUUAGAAAUGAAUGUAAAACCUGAAUUUCGUAAAAAACGUAUCAUUCAAAGAAAUAGACGAUAUGAUGAAAAUGUUGCUAAUGAAACUAUUAAAACUCCUGUCUAG